AUGGCGCCGGAGUUGGACGUGGGGAUGAGCAUGGGAAUGGGGAUAGGUGUGGGGAUGAUGCCCAUGGGCCUCAUGGGAAUGGAUGGGGGAGCGUCUUCCUCCUUCUCCACUGCUUACUUGUGCGGUCUGCCGACUACCGAUGGCUUGCCCAUUGACGAUCUCCUCGACUUCUCCAACCAGGACGAUCUUUUCGAUUCUACCGUGCCUGGGUAUGCAGCGGAGAGCCACCAGAGUCACCACCCCCUUCCGUCGCACGGGUCCGCUGCGCCCGCCGUCGGGAGCUUCGACACUUCUGGUUCCAACUUAAGCACCUUCUCCGACGAUCUUUACGUACCUGUAAGCACCACGAUGACCCCCCCGCUUCAUUUCCCUCUAUAUUCUGGUUCUACCUUCUUGUUUCCAUCGUUUCUUUGUUUUUAGAUUCCCACUUCCCUGAAGCUGUUCUGAUCCUGGUUUUUAUUACUUCUGUGGAAAUUUCUAACAGAGCGAGGAAGCUGCGGAGCUCGAGUGGCUAUCCAAGUUCGUCGACGACUCCUUCGCAGACGUUCCCUUUCCUUCUUCCCCAGGGGGCUGUGGCAAUGGCCUCGAAACCAUUCCUUCCUCUAUUUCUGGCGGCCUUCGCGGCGACCCUUCCGCCAUACCAGGUCGCGCCAGGAGCAAGCGAUCGAGGGCGCCUGCCGCCGCCCUCCAACAUCCCACAUCUACCUGGUCCACCCCAGAGCCGCCGCAACCUUCAGCAUUCUCCAUGUCACCCACCUCGUCUUCCUCCUCCCUGUUAGAAUUCCCACCCUGCAGCGCUACCAGCAAGCUCAAGGCGGCCGCCGCCGCCUGCGGCGGCAGGAAGAAGGAAAUGGCCGCCGGACCGGGAAUGGAGAGCGGGGUGCGGAGGUGCACCCACUGCUCCUCGGAGAAGACACCCCAAUGGCGAUCGGGCCCCCUGGGCCCGAAAACGCUGUGGCCGGUGUGCCUACAAAUCCGGCCGCCCGGAGUACCGCCCUGCAGCCAGCCCUACCUUUGUGUUCACCAAACACUCCAACUCCCACCGCAAAGUCAUGGAGCUCCGCCGACAGAAGGAGCUCAUCCUCCGCCACCACGGCGGUGGGUCCGCUGCAACGUCGCCCUCCUCGCGGCCGGAGCUGCUCUUCCAUGA